CUCAUAUCUUUGAGCUUCCUUUUGCUUUUAUUUCUUUUUCAUAGUUCUGAGAACCAACCAAUUCCACCUGUUGCAAUACCAGUCCCGACCAUUUCACACACCGAGCUCCUUCACUCUAUCCUUCCUCACGCCUGAGUAGAACACGGGAUAGUUCAUGUUUGACGGCAUGGAGGCGCCUAUGUACCAGUGAACGAUCGUCUUUGCUCGUUGAGGAGCCUCAUAAGCUUCCUUCCGAGCACCCAUUACCUCUUGCUUCCGAUAGCAUCUCACGGGCCAGGAGUGCAAACAGUUUGGUCCAAUGGGCAAUGAACAAUCCGCCGAAACCCCUCGCGGGCAUCGGAAACUAUCCAAGCCACCCCACUGCAGCCAGACAACAGCAGCUGGUCUGCCAUACGCUGCUGCUGCCGUGACGCCCAAUUGUGAGCACUACUCCAACUCGUAUCUUGUUGGAUCGCUGCCGCCUACUCCUAAUAAGGCUUCAUCCACGAGGAGGGUGGCGCCUGGGCUUGGUAUAGCCGUCCCUGCUAGUGACGUUGUUAGUCCUGUGACAAGUCCUACUUGUAGAGAAUCCCGGCGUGAUUCAAUGCGACGAAGGUCAUCAGUCCAGUCAGAGCAGUCUCCCAGGUUGCCAAGCUUCCUCAACAGCUCCAGGGCGAGCUCUAUGGCCCAAGAUAGCGGUUACCGCACACUCGCCCGCGCUGAUAGCAUGCCCGUUGCAGUACCGUCUGGCUCUACUGGCUACAAUACGAGAGCUGCUGAGCUUAAAUCGCUUCUCGGUGCUAAAGAGAAGCUUCCUAGCGAGCCUAUCACCUCCAAAUUUAAGAUCCAUUCUGAUGAGGCCGGCCAGGAUGUAACAGAUGACAACAACAACGCCUAUCAUUCUGCGGGCUCUUCCAUCAGCAGGACGAAUUCAGACGUUUCUCUCUACAUGCCAAUGCGCCGCCGCUCCGUCGUGCAAAUCCCAGGCGUAGCAACUAGAGCCCACCAUUCCAAUCCCCCGGUCUCAGCCAAAUCGAGCUUCCGCAAGAGUCUCCCACCAACUCCAAGUCAAUCCCGGCACAAUUCGAUCGAGUCUGGCAUGGCAAGACGUAUGUCGAUGCCUACCACAAUCACAUCGCAAACCCACUCUUCAGGCAGGGCCGUUACGCCAGUGGAAGCCGACUACAAGCAACUAGGUGGUAUGAAAUUUGGAUCUCUGCGCAUCACCAACGGAGCACCGGUGACUUCCCCAGUGCCCGAAAAUGACGUCAAGCAACAAGGGGCUUCUAAGUCGACACUAGCAACCCCUUGUGCGGAUUACUUUGAUGAGCAAGCCAUCAAUCCUACCAAUUUGGUGAACGAAGGAUUGAACACGGCAGAGACAAGGUCUAUGACAACUGGAAAAGUCAUUGCUCAAGUUCCAAGCUCCGUUGCCGAGCAUUUGGGCAAUACAGACAAAUCUAGAACAGGUCAUGGCCAAAUGUCUGAGAACGGGAAUGCUGUCUCAUUUCCCGUUGCUGAGGUUCUGCACCUAAAGGAAGACACAACUUCAAAGCCAGACCCAAAGAAAAUGCACUUGGACCUCGAACACAAAAUGCUUAAAGGGUUGACAAGGUCUGACAGUGGCUUUAUCCCGAGUCCCUCAUCUGAGAAAACGCAGCGGACCGCGUCCCGCAAUGACAGUGGUUACAGUUCCAAUGUCUCUCUCCGAUCAUUACCUAGCUUGAGAUCCGGCUUCACGGAAAAGAACACUAUGACUGCGGAAAGGCUUGAAAUCGACGUCUCGGGGAUGAGCUCGCCUUCGGAUUCAAACUCGACGCGCACUUCUUCUUUGGACCCUUCACAAACACGCAAUCGGUUACCAAUUCACCUCGAGGUUCCUCUAUCAUCAGUAGAUGAUGACACCUCAACUUACCCAACAAGUCCGACUAGCAGGCCAUUCUCCCCAUUUGCUAUCGGCAGUCGGAUACGCCUCUCGUCACUAAAGUCCACCCGGAGUUUCGAGCCACGAGUAUCGAGCACCGCGACAACACCAAUCCUCCUGUCAAAGAGCGAUGAUAACAGUCAACUGUCUACUAUAACCCCUGAUGUCACCCAGGGCGGUAACUGUGCCGAACAAUGCUCGGGGUCUCAAGCCCAAAUCGAGGCCUAG